AGCCUUGCUGGAGAAACUGAGGGCUGGAGUUAGCGCUGGAACUGAGCCGACAGAGAGCAUUGUCAGUUGAGCGCAGGCUGGGAAGAGAGAUGGCUGUGCUGAAUGCACGCAGUGUCCUGGUGACUGGGGCCAAUCGGGGUAUUGGCUUGGAGCUGGUGAGGCAGCUGGUUGGGAAAAGCAACCGGCCAGAAUGGAUCUUUGCCACCUGCCGGGACCCAGAGGGACCACGUGCCCAGGUCUUGAAGGAUUUGGCUGCCAAACAUCAGGGAGUGGAGAUUAUCCCACUGGAUACUUCUGAGCCCUCUAGCGUCAAGGAUGCUGCAACCAGAGUCAUUGAACGGCUUAAAGGGGUUGGGCUGACCCUUCUGAUAAACAAUGCUGGAAUUGCAAGGAUAAACUUAGUUAUGGAAGCUGAGACACCGGAAGACAUGUCUGAAGUGUACAAGACCAAUGUGAUUGGGCCCAUGAUGGUGAGCCAGGCAUUCCUGCCCUUGCUGAGGAAGGCAUCUCUGGAAAGCCCCCAGAAUGGGAUGAGCUGCAGCAAAGCUGCCAUUGUCAACAUCUCUAGUGAUGCUGGCUCCAUCACAAAUCUCUUCCUGUGGGAGAAUGGACAAGUUGUCAAUUACCGUUGCAGCAAGGCUGCUCUGAAUAUGCUGACGCGGUGCCAGUCCCUGGGAUAUGCUAAUGACAAAAUCCUGUGCAUUGCACUGCAUCCUGGGUUUGUGCAUACAGACAUGACAGGUGGAGGGUUACUCACAGUGAAUGAGAGUGUGCAAAGCAUCCUGAAGACCCUUUCCCAUCUCUCGGAAAAAGACACUGGGACUUUUGUGAAUUGGCAGGGGGAUGUACUUCCUUGGUAAACCCAAUAUAUUUAGCUGCCUGAUGUGGAGUAGCAAAGUGCCUCAGGGUGCACAGCCCCAAAGCGGAUCACAUUAUUUUGACACCAGAGGCAGAAACACCCACAAGCUCCUCUCUGUCUCCCCCAGCAGUAAAAAUGCAACAAUAAUAAUAUAUUUUGCUUUUGUAGUUAUAUCAAGUUGUUGUUGGGGAUUGGUUAUUAUCUGGAAUGCUUGCAUGGGCAGGUUAUAAAUAAUAAAAUUAUUAUCAUCAUCAUGCUGAAUUGUAGUGAAGUUAUCCUUUUGUUUCUGAUCUGUUAACAAUAAUAAUUUAUUCAUUAGUUUUUCCAAUAGAAUGAUAUCCCACACACUUUGUACCAGUCGUCUACAUUCCCCUCAGAGAGAUUUUUCCAAUGUCUAGCUGUAAUAAGAGUAAAUUCUACACAAAUUCAGUGGGGAGUCCCUAAAGUGUUUGGAUGGCACCUUGGGUUACAGAUGCUUCAGGUUACAGACUCCGCUAACCCAGAAAUAGUACCUCGGGUUAAGAACUUGGCUUCAGGAUGAGAACAGA